AUGGGAAACAGUCAGGCAAAGGAAUCGCGACCCGCGUCCUCUCGCGGUACAGGGCGCCCGUCGAACAACCGCCAACCCAGCUCACCCACCGCAUCCGGGCCGGAGGAGUUCACGCGGCACGGCAGAUCCGGUAGCGGCGUAUACGGGAACGCUCGAAGUGGACGUGGAAGCAGGCCAGACCUCUCGUUCUUGGGCAUUGGGGCCAGCUCUGACCGGGACACGGCAUUAGAACCUAGGCGCGAAACCAAGGCGGAGCGAGAGGCGCGGAAGCUGGAGAAAGAGCGGCAGCAGCGGGCGCAGGACCGGGAGCGCAGUAUCCGCGAGGAGGGAGUAGAUGGAGGCUAUCUGGUCACUUUAGGCACCUACACUGGCCCCGAAGACUUCAGCAAGCCUGUGGUCCGGCAAUUGCAGAUAGAGCGCCGGCUGGCGCCUUUCUGGAAGGGUCUCAACGAUCACGAGGACACAUGGACUGAGCAUCAAUUGGUAGCUGUAGUCAAUGACAAGCCCCUUCCCGCGCCCGACGAGAUCCCAGAAGAAGAGCCACCGCGCCCGAACAACCUCAGCACCGAAUGGAAUCCUCGCACCUCGAAUCAAAAUUUAAACAAUCUCACCGUUCCUAUGGGCGGGCGCACCAUCUCGCAGGCUUCCGACCGCUCUGCGAACCUCACUGCAUCACAUCCCGCUUUCUCCCUCCCCUCACCGACGUCUCCGAUUGCAAAUUCACCCUCACCAUCUCCGUUCUUCCGUGGCCGGGCGAAAACUCUUGCUGCCCUUACAUCAGGAUCCCGCAAUGCCUCUCAAAUUGAAAUGGCUCCCCAGGAGGUUCAGCUUCCCAAAGAUCCCUACGUCAAUGGCCAGCGUCUUGAAGUAUUCCUGUACAAGGACGCCUCAGAAUGCCCUAUUUGCUUUCUCUACUAUCCUCCCUAUCUAAACAAAACCCGGUGUUGCGACCAGCCCAUCUGCUCUGAAUGUUUUGUACAGAUCAAGAGGCCAGACCCUCAUCCACCGGAGCAUCAUGCCGAUUCGAACGAUGCAGGCAGUCCCCCACCAGAGCCGCAAGAGGAUGGCAUGUUGGUCUCUGAGCCGGCAUGCUGUCCAUUCUGUGUACAACCCGAAUUUGGAAUUACCUACGAACCCCCACCAUUUAGGCGAGGACUAGUCUUUGCUGGCUCAGGUAUAGCAAAUGCUGCUUCGGCGAUGUCAUCAACGUCUUCCCUGAAUUCUCAGGGACUCACAUCACCUGGCCGGAGAAGAGCAGGCUCACUUGCAGCCACAGACGCAUCAGUCAUCACUACGGAUCGCGUUCGACCCGACUGGGCAAAGAAAUUGGCCGAUGCAAGAGCUCAUGCCCUGCGUCGAGCUGCCGCAGCGACAGCGCUGCACAACGCUGCAUAUAUGAUGGGCAACAUGCAAUCCGACAACCGAGGUUUUAGCCUUGGACGGCGACGACGAACGAUGUUUGGUAGUGACAGCGCCAGCACCAGUGGGAACGGGACGCCCCGUGGAGAUGUUAAUGCCCUACUUGCGGCAGCGGCAGCGCAAGGAUCUUCCAGCCGCAACGAUGGCCAAAGCGACUUAACUUCUAACCGGCAGAGUUCUCGCCGAGGAAAUAGGCUGGAAGACCUUGAAGAUCUUAUGAUGAUGGAAGCUAUCAGGCUCUCGCUCGCUGCUGAAGAGGAACGCAAGAAAAAGGAGGAAAAAGAGGCUGCUAAAGAAGCGAAGAAAGAGGAGAAAAAGAAGGCAAAAGAGGCAAAGAAGGCCGACAAAGCUGCGCGUAAAAGUGGUUUUUUUAUGAGCCCAAACCAGGACGGUGCUGAAGACGACUUCACGGGCAGCUCGUCUUCCGCUGCAGGGAAAGGAAAAGCGGUUGACCGGUCGGGAGGAUACGCAGGUUUUAACCCAUUGAAUGAGCCGACAUCCACACUUAAUGCUUCGUCUUCCAAGGACGAUCCACAGAAGCAUCUAGAGCAGAGCCGAUCUACCCUGAACACAUCUUUACAAAGGGAAGGAAGUGGUACAGGAAUUUCUCCCACUGCCGAUUCCUUUGGUGGUGAGCAGGCAUCUCACCGUUCGGCCUUGCGCAAUCUUUCAAAUGCCUCCUCAUCGGCAUCCUCCUUUGCCGAAUCGCUGCAGGGAUCGCUGCAGAAUGAUGGCCAAGGAAAUUUCGGUGCUUCCACUUCGUCAUUCGGCCCAAGUCCCAAUGCAUCAGGUAUUAGUCUGGAUGUCGAAAAUGACACUCCUCCCCAAGGUACACCGGGCACCGAACCUAUGUUCAAUUUCCGCAGCUUAGCAGAAGUCAUAACGAAAGAGGAAGGCAAGGGCAGUGACAAUCCUCAGCAUAUAGAAAACGUCGCAGAAGGUAAAGCUGCUCCUGACUCUGUGCCCAAUGCGCCCGCUUCAACAAGCGCCGACCGCUCCACGCCAUCACCCCCCAGAAUCGCGAUCGAGCCGCCACAAGCUUUUGCGCUACCUGCAUUGGAACCCAUGUCGCCACUGGACGCAAGCAUGGCGACGCUCAAACCGGAUGAGAGUGAUCGAUCAGUGGAUGAUGAUGACGAAAUUGAGCCUGCGCCUCGUGUUGAAGCUCUGGCGAAUGGUGGAAGCGACCUCGAUCAUAAGCACAUUGGGAAUGUAAGCAUGGUAGACCGCAUAGGGCAGCACCAGCCUACGCAGUAG